CUCUGUGGUUGCAGCUAAGUAUGAUCUUCCACAUCAGAAAAGUUAUCCUUGGAAUAUUUGAUACAUUGUUGAAAAGCUAAUGGUCUAGGACCGUAGUUGUGCUACCAAUCCGGGAUUGGUAAAGUGAACCGUAGUUCUGCCAGUGUACACAGUCUGGGACUGUGAUUCCAUUUGGUCUGGGACCAAGUUCACAUCAAGAAGAGUGUGAUUAUGGAUGCGUUUGGGAGCAUCAAGAAGCUCAACAACCAGAAUUACAACACAUGGGCUGUGUAUGGAGUCCUACUUACAAGGACAAGGUCUAUGGAGCCUGAUUGGUGGGAGUGAGAUACGAGAGCCUGCCGGAGAUAAUAAUGCCAUCAAGAAGUGGAAGAUGAGAGCUGGCAAAGCGAUGUUUGCCAUCAAGGUCACAAUUGAAGAUGAAAUGCUGGAGCACGUUAGAUACGCCGCCACACCGAAGGAUGCUUGGGACACACUAGCCUCUCGAUUUUCAAAGAAGAACGAUAUGAAGCUUAAACUCUUAGAGAAUGAGUUGUUGUCGACUGUUCAAGGCAGAUGACAGUAAGCCAGUAUUUUAAGAAGAUAAAAUCAAUCUGUCGUGAAAUAUCUGAGCUAGACCAGAAGACAAAAUGAGGAGGAUUAUUAUUCAUGGUCUAGCUCCCGAUUAUAGAGGUUUUAUUGCUGCAGUUCAAGGAUGACCAACUCCACCAACGCUUGAAUAGUUGGAGAAUUUGUUAGCCAACCAGGAGAUUCUGGCAAAGAAAGGAAACAACGAGUCUACAGAAAAUAAAGAGCAAGUACUCUU